AAACGACUCCGGGCCUGCGUUGAGGUUUCAUAGCGUUUAAGUAGCGCGUCGAUUCGACGUGACAUUUAACUUUUGGACGGCAGUGCUCCGCGGUGAACGGCUUUUUCGAGGUGGUACAUUCGCCGAACGUGGCAGCGAGCAACGCGAAAUGUCGUCGGGCGUGAUAGACAUCCUCGUGGACAUGGGUUUCAGCAUGUCCAAGGCCGAGAAGGCCCUGGAGAUCACCGGCAACAAAGGCGUGGAGCCGGCGAUGGAAUGGCUGCUGGCCCACUCGGACGAGGCCGAGUCCACGCCAGAACCCGUCGUAGGCGAGAGUGCCCCGGCGUUGGCUGCCGAUGCACCGAUACAGGACAACGUCGCUGGUGCUAGCAGCCAAUCGGUAUCUACGACUGAAACGGCCAAGUCUAUGAAGUGCGACGUAUGCGGAAAGCUAUUCAAAUCUAACUUGGAAGUUGAGUACCAUGCCACAAAGUCCGGGCACGAUAGAUUUUCAGAAAGCACGGAAGAGAAGAAGCCACUCAGUGAGGAAGAGAAGCGGGAGCAGCUGAAGAUGCUGGAGGAGAAGUUGAGGCAGAAGAGGAAGGAGAGAGAGGAGCAAGAAAAGAAAAAUGCAUUUGAAAGGGAAAAGAAUAGGAUACGAUCGGGAAAAGAAAUGUCUGAAGCCAGAAAGAAAUUGGAAGAGUUAGAGAUGCAGAAGCUCCUGGAGCAAAGAAAACGGGAAAAGGCGGAGGAGAAGGAAGCUAGGCAAAGAGUUCGAGCACAAAUCGAAGCCGACAAAGCAGCAAGGCGAGCUAAAGCAGCUGCUGAAAGCAGUGCUCAAUCAGUUAUUAAUACUACUUCGACCCCAUUACCCGCAAUAUCUUCAUCUGCGUCUGCGCAUCAUAGGAAGGAUUACACUGAAACCAGGCUUCAGCUUAGGCUUACCAACGGGCAAACCUUGACACAAAGCUUCGGAAGUAAGGAACAAUUGUCUGCAGUAAGACUGUUUAUUGAAAUGAAUAGGACAGAUGGUAAUGGUCCCUUCCAGUUAAUGACCACAUUUCCCAAAAAAGUCUUUACAGAUGAAGAUUACGAUACGCCAUUGGACGUGUUAGGCCUAGUACCCUCAGCAGUCGUGAUCGUUCAAAAGAAGGUGGAAUGAUGUAGCCAGUAAUGCCCUAAUUUGUAAGCAAAAAAUACUAAUGUAUAUUAUCAUACAGAUUAAUUAUAAGAUAAUGAUAAUCUAAUAUAAUGAUAUUCUUUAUUAUAAAUUAUAGAUUUACACUCAUUGUGUGUGAUAUACGAAUCUUUUUGAUUUCUGAAACUGAUUUCUUUGUAGUCUGCUUUUUCUUAACACAAAAAUUAUAAAUUUAUCGCAAUUGAAAAAAUAACGUUACGAUUAAAAAUUUAAAUAAUGAAACAUUUGAGACUUGUAUUAAUAUUUAUAAUUUUCAACGAUACUACUUUCUGUUUCUACUGUUUCUUGUUUUCACGUUUCUUUGAAUCUUGCAAACAUUAUUUAAUCUAGAAAUUAUGAUAACAUCUCGAUUUGAACUAUAUUUCCGAUGUUAUUUUUUUAAUACUACACAGAGAGAAUUUUCUCUUAGAUUUUACCUUGAAAAUCAUGGUAGUUGUGGG